CAAACAAAUACUCUUCGAUGACAAGUACACAUUUUGACUUCGGUUCGAUGAUCUUCUUCAACUUCCUUCCUUGCUAAGGAAAUUGCUCCAAUUUAUCUUCACUUAUCCACACCGUUCCAGCUUUGCAAUUGCCAAAGAAAAACUAUGGAACAGCCUCUUCUCUCAGAAGAGAAAAGAAGUGAAAUUGAUGAGAACGAGAGGCUGAGCUCGUAUCAGUAUGUUGGCAGAACAGGGUCGGUGAUUCCAACGGCUUCGUUGGCGGGUACGGAUGUUAGCAUCGAAGAGAUUCGAUCAGCCACUUCUUUUUCUACUCCUUACCCGCCAUCCAUUCAUGCUCCUUUGAUCAGCUCCCCUGAGCCCCUUCCUAAUGAGCAAGCUAUUCCUCACCAAAGUCCUUACGCAGCAGAUUAUGGCGCAUACUCCAAUGAUUUUCAGAGGCAAUUAUUGGAUGAGGUAGAGAUAAGAGAGUUGCUCAUCGAUCAUAUCGGUCAUCGAUGUUGUUGGGGGAGUCACCCUGCUCGUACCUGGAAGAUUCAUGCUGUUGAGGAUUGCAAUGUUUAUGUGGGAACUCUUGAAACUUUCUUAGAAGAAAGGGAAGUGAUAAGAGAAACAGAACCUUACCUUGGUGGUAAAAUUGAUGGAAAGGAUAAUACACCUGAACUUGGCAUUUGGGAAUUGGAUUUAAGAUCACAAUUCCCUGUUCUCUUUGUGCCAUACAAAGAAACCCGAGUCAAGAUUCCUAAUAGUGAGACCGUUGAGAAAUGUUCAGAUUGUGCAGGACAAGGAGAUAUUCCAUGUCCUACAUGCAAUGCAGACCAAGAACCUGGAUUUUACAAGGAAAAUCAGAUGUCCCAGUGCCCUGCUUGCUAUGGAAGGGGAUUAAUUGCUCACAGAGACGGAUCAGACACCAUAUGUACAAAAUGUGAUGGAAAGGGAAAGAUACCUUGUGCAACUUGUGGAUCUCGUGGCUUACUUAAAUGCAAGACAUGCAAUGGAAGCGGUUCUCUGUUGACUCGCAAAAUUGCUGUUGUUAAAUGGAAGACACUUUCAACUCGAAAAGUGAGUGCGACAAGUGGAGCAGCAUCGGUUCCAGAUGAGAUUUUCCAUAGGGCCAAAGGAGUUCAGUUAUGCAACACUCAGGCAUACCAGUGCACCCCAGCCUAUUUUGCCGACUCUUUCUUCCUCAACACAUUUUCUUCGGAUGUUAUUGCAGACAGGGCAUCUGUACCUCCAACUGCCAGGGUCAUAUGUGAGAGACAUACAAUCUCAGUGGUCCCAGUGACCCGUGUCACCAUGCGUCAUCAUCGUCAAUCUUUCAGCUUCUACAUAGUUGGAUACAGCCGGGAGGUGUACCUGAAGGAUUACUAUCCGGCUAGGUUUUGCUGGGGAUUGUGCCCUUGCCUGGAAUGGUUGAAGGUGUAAAACAUCAUGUCUCAAACUAUUUAUGCUACCUAUACUUGUAUGAAUUUUGUGUGUGGCUUAAAAUAAUUAACUUCAUUUCUUGCGUUUGAAAGACACCAUAGAGUGUAAUUUCCAUGUGAUUAUCGUAAUUAUUUUUGCAUUAUGACA